AUGAAUCACCUAGUCUGGAUAUUUGUGUUUUUGGCAAACAUAUUUUGUCAAGAAACAACUACACAAUUUCCUGUUGAAGACACUACAACAAGUGCGCUUAAUGAUGGAUUUCUUGAAAGUUCAACGGGAGUCGAUCAGGGAGUGGUGGAUCAAAAUGGACAAAAUGAUCAAGAUAAUCAAGGAGGGAUCAAUCCACUUAUUCUACAAAUGGGACAAAAUCAAGAACAAGAUUGUGGGCUAAAUGAGGUUCUGAAUGACUGUGGGAAUCUGGAUUGUGAGUUCAAAUGUGGGGAAGAAGAAGAGAGUUGUGAUCAAACGAGACUCGAAUGUUUUGCCCCACAAUGUCAAUGUGAAAUGGGAUACCGGAGGACAGCCUAUGGAAGAUGUGUAUUGCGAGAGCUUUGUGAU